AUGGAAGGAACAUUACCAGUUUUCGAUAAUUAUUGCUUUUAUAUUCAUCGUUUAAAGAUGAGAUCAAAAUUAAACUAUAAAAGCAAAUUAGUUGAUUUAUGUAAAGAAGCAUCAAAUCCAUUCAUUGUUAGUUUGGCUAAAGAUAUAAGUGAUGCUUCUGAUAAUAUCGAUAAUUUCUUCUUUUCAACCAAAGCAAGAGAUUUAACAAAUAUUGAUACAGCAGAAUUAUUAAAAUCAGUUGAAACUUAUUGUUCAUUAUUAGGUGGGUUAAUUGGUUCAAAAGUAUAUCAACCAACAAUUACUACUGAUAAUAUAGCAGCAGCAACAACAGCAGCAACAGCAACUCCAGUAUCAAAUUUUGAAAAACUUCAAUUAAAUGAACAACCAAGAGAUAAUGAUGAAGAGUAUAACUCUGAAGAGGGUGAUGAUAAAUUAGAGAAAUUUAAUAAUGAAAAAGUAAAGAAUAAUAAUAAUAAAGGUAGUGAUGCAAUUAGAAAGAAUUUAAGAUUCAGUUGGACAAAUGUAUUUGGUUCAGAUAGAUCAAUCACUUCCUCAGAUACAUUGGUUGAAUAUAUGAGUAUUUUAUUUAAUCUUGGUAUUUGGUAUUUAGGUUAUUCAGAAUAUAUCGUUUCAAAUCGUUGUUCACCAACUGAUGGUUUACCUGAAGAAGAUCGUCAAAAAGUUUAUGAUUUUCUUUUAAAAUCUGCUGGUAUUUUUGAUUAUCUUUGUAAAUUAAGAUUAAAUUUAUCAUCAUCCUCCAAAAAAGAAGAAGAGGAUAAAAAGGAAGAAAAAACAGAAUCUGGUGAAGAUGAAAAAGAUGGUGGUGGUGAUGAUGAUGUUGUUGAUGAUAAUGCAGGUAAAAUUUUAAAAGGUAGUGAUAAAUCAUCAACAGAUUUUAAUGAUGUUUUAUUAAGAUCAUUAUAUUUACAAUGUAUUGGACAAGCACAAGAGUUGACGAUUGGACGUGCAUAUAAAAAGAAUACAAUUCAACCAAUUGUUAAAUUGGCAGUUGAUACAGCAAAUAUUUAUAAAGAGGCAAUGGAUAUGUUGAUCUCACAUUUCACCGAGGAGAAGUUGGUUGAGAAUCGUUUGGAAAAGUUUGUAAAUUUCUUACAAUACAAAGUAUCAUUAUAUCAAUCGUUAGCAUGGAACCAACAAGCUUUUCAACAGAAUGCAACUCACAAAUAUGGUGAAUCAAUCGCCACUUGUAAGAAAGCACAACAUCAAUUGAAACAAACACUAUUUUUAAUUAGACCUUGCGUUUCAAUAACAUUGACUCAGCAAUCAUUACAAAAACCAACUCAACAAUUACAACCAAUCAUUGAUGCAACUUUAGCAAGAUUAGAAAGAGAGAAUGUCUUAAUUGGCUAUGAAGUUGUGCCAUCGAUAGAUGAUAUCUCUGAACUCCCAACUGAAGGUACUCGUUUAGCUAAAUUACGUCCUUUCAUUAUACCACAAGUUCAUCAAUCUUGGUCAACCAUUGAUAUUCCUUCAACUUUUAAUAAAGAUAAAAAAUUACAAGAAAGUGAUUUAGUAUCUGUAAAAAUUUAA